AAAUUUGCACAAAUGAUCUUCCAAUAACUUACCUACAGGACACUGCACUGUAUUGUCAUUGAGGACAUUUUCCUUGGCGGGAAACACUCAUAAGAUCGAAGCCUCUGGUUCUGGCUGAUGCAUUAGCAGCUUUAAUGUUCGAGUAACUUCCUAACCUGUCCAGCAUUAAAAUAAGCUUCGUGGACCGCAUUAAGCAAGAUAAUACGAAUACUUCUCAAGAAAGUGCCGUAAAUAUUGUUGCUGUUUUGGAAUUAGCCGAGAUUAAAUAUUGAUGUUAGCUAGUUUAUCGUUAGCAUUAGCGAUACCUAGUUAGCUAACCCUCAGCAACAGGAAAGCAGAAAUGGCAGCAGGGAAGAUGUGCCUGAGGAAGAACAAGGAGGCAACUGCUGAGUGGACAGGAUUAUUCCUUAGCGAGCUAAAAACCAAGCAAGAGUCCCUCGUCUUCGUCAAGAGGAUGAUGGCUGUGGCAGUCUCCUCCAUCACUUACCUCAGGGGGAUUUUCCCGGAGGAUGCCUACAGGUCCAGAUAUCUGGAAGAUUUGUGCAUUAAAGUUUUACGUGAAGACUGCAACACGCCGGGUGCCAGCAAAGUUGUGAAAUGGAUGAUGGGCUGCUUUGAUGCAUUAGAGAAGCAAUAUCUCCAGAUUGUGUUCAUUGGGGUCUACACCAAUCCAGGAGAACCUAAUUGCAUUAUUGAGUCCUACCAGUUCAAAUUCAAAUACACUGAAAACGGACCAGAGAUGGACAUACUCAGGAACAAUGUGGAAAUGCGGGUGACACUGGAGGACACCAAGAGAGCCUCAGUGCUGCUUGUCAGGAAGCUCUUUCUGCUCAUGCAGAACCUGGAAGCCCUUCCCAAUAAUGUCUACCUCACCAUGAAGCUCUACUAUUAUGAUGACAUCACUCCUGCUGACUACCAACCACCAGGCUUCAAGGAGGGCGAAUGUGAUAGUCUGUGGUUUGAAGGCACGGCAGUGCACUUCAAGGUGGGUGAGGUGCAGACGGCCUUCCACAGCUUGAGAGUUCGUGUGUCGGCCGAACAAGGCCGGCUGGAGAAACUUCAGGAAGGGAACCAACUGAGGGAGACCAAGCAGGUUUUUCAGAGGAAUCCUCCAGAGAAGGAAACAAUCAAGGCUCCUCAUAAGAAAAUAUAUGACGAAGAGGAUCUGCCCUCUGAAGAUGAGUCUGCACAGUUCAAGAAACCCACCAAGCCUGUGGCAAAGAGACAUGCAGCUGCCAAAAACCUGGCGAGGAAGAAAAGAAGAAUUUAGCCAACAAGACAAGUGCUCUGAAAGCAAUGCAAACACAUACAGGGAAAAUUUCUUUAUUUUGUUG